AUGGCUGGUCUUAGUGAUUUUAGUAACAGUGCACGAAAUGGUCAAUCCGGUAUACCCUCUGCCUACAGAGGAGUCCGGAAGAGGAAAUGGGGCAAAUGGGUGUCUGAAAUCCGCGAACCAGGGACCAAGAACCGUAUCUGGCUAGGUAGUUUCGAGACUCCUGAAAUGGCUGCAACAGCCUAUGACGUUGCAGCGUUCCAUUUCAGGGGACGAGAGGCUCGUCUCAACUUCCCUGAGUUCGUCAGCAGCCUGCCACGUCCUGCAGACUCGAGCUCAGACAGCAUUCGCAUGGCGGCUCAUGAGGCAACACUCUACCUAAGAACAGAGCCAGUGGAGUCAGCCAUGCAUGUGGACACUUCAAGCUCAACCAACGCAGGUCUAACGAUGGUCAGGCUCUCACCAAGAGAAAUUCAAGCGAUCAACGAGUCAACUUUGGGGUCUCCUACCAUGUUGAUGCAUUCAACAGAUGACUCAAUGGGGUUUGCUAAUUACAUGGGGAUGAAUGUUUGGGAUACAUACCAGACUGACUCUCUUUGGGACCUUUAA